AUGUUAUUGUUGCUCUUUAUUGUGUUUUCGUCUUUCCUUUGUGCCUGUGAUAGUGCAAGUCCACAAAGGUUGCAGCUGUCGUGUGCGCAAAUAAAGCAGUUCGUGGAUGGACAUAACGUGCGUCGGCAAAGGGUAGCACGCGGCGCCGUGCCGCGGCAGCCUACGGCCGCCAACAUGAUAUACAUGGUAUGGGACGAAGAACUGGCAGAAAAAGCAGCGAGAUGGGCUGAAAAUGGAAUUUUUGGCCAUAAUCCAGUUAAGACCGUUGGCUCACAAAGAUGGGGCCAGAUUGGUGAAAAUGUCUAUAUAGCUACGUUGCCGAGGCCAUUCUACGUGCCAGUUAUUCCGAAUAUCGAGGAAGCCCUGGACAGCUGGUUUGACGAGCACGCAAAUUACGGAUUUGAACCAUACAGCCUCGCUACGCCUCGACCUAUCGGCCACUACACGCAGUUGGUGUGGGCCGAGUCCACCCAUGUCGGCUGUGGGAUGUCACAGAAGAAAGAAAACGGUUGGACCACUACGUUGAUUGUUUGUAAUUACGCACCCACAGGCAACUUCCUCGGCCAAGUUCCUUACUACAGCAACGGGGCCAUCGGCUACCUCCGCUGCGUGAACCGCACCUGCCAUAGGCCUUAUGGAAAUUAUUGUUGAGCGAGGAAACACGGGAAUAUAAGUGCUAAUCAUCCG